AUGGUGAGAGAAAAGAAAAAACCGGACAGGAAAGGGGAUAAGUCGGCGCGCUCCCCGUCGUCCAUCAGCGACUGCACGGACUUUUCCAAACAAGACGCCAGCGCCGCCCCGCAGGACGUGCCCCUGCCUCUGAGCGGCGCCCCAGCAGUGGAGAGUCAGCCGAGCGAGACGGGCCUCAAGAGGGAGUCGGAGCGAGAUGCGCCGAAGAGCGAAGACACCGCUCAAUACGAGGAGCCCGUUCUGACCAGACUCAUCGUGGAGAGCUACAAAGGGGAGAAGGUCCGUGGGCUGUACGAGGGCGAAGGCCUUGCAGUCUUUCAGGGAGGUUGUGUCUACCAGGGCAUGUUCUCAGAAGGACUUAUGCAUGGACAAGGGACAUAUACUUGGGCUGAUGGAUUGAAAUACGAGGGGGACUUUGUGAAGAACGUCCCCACGAACCAUGGCGUGUACACGUGGCCGGACGGAAGCACCUACGAGGGAGAAGUGGUGAACGGCGUGCGGAACGGGUUUGGGAUGUUCAGGUGCGGCGCGCGGCCCGUGUCCUACGUGGGCCACUGGUGCCAUGGCAAGAGGCACGGGAAGGGCUCCAUUUUCUACAAUCUAGAUGGCACCUCUUGGUACGAAGGAGAUUGGGUUGACAACAUCAGAAAGGGCUGGGGGAUAAGAUGUUACAGAUCUGGAAACAUAUAUGAAGGCCAGUGGGAAGACAACAUGCGUCACGGGGAGGGGAGGAUGAGGUGGCUGACCACCAACGAGGAAUACACCGGGCGGUGGGAGAAGGGGAUCCAGAAUGGCUUUGGAACACACACGUGGUUUCUACAGAGGAUCCCCAACUCCCAGUAUCCCCUGAGGAAUGAGUAUGUCGGGGAGUUUGUAAACGGAAACCGGCACGGACAUGGCAAAUUCUACUACGCCAGUGGGGCCACAUACGACGGAGAGUGGGUUUCCAACAAAAAACACGGCAAGGGCCGACUAACUUUAAAAAACGGACGUGUGUAUGAAGGCUCAUUUUCCGGUGACCACAUAGCAGAGCCUCCAAACGUUGAAAGUGACUCGGCAGCUCACCCAGACGCAUGUUCAGAAGGCACCACCAAGGACGGCCAGGACUUCCUGCGCAGUGCUGAAAUCAUCAGAAAGCUUGACGGCAGUGACGGUAACUGCCCGCUGGGAACGAGCAUCGAGCUGGACCUCGAUUGGCUGUUGGCCGCCUACCCCGAGAAGGACCAACCAGAAGAAAAGAAGCAGGUGGAAUUCGCUGUCCUGAGAAACAUCACGGAGCUGAGGAGAAUCUACGGCUUCUACAGCAGCCUGGGCUGCGCGCACUCGCUGGACAACACCUUCCUGAUGACCAGGCUCCACUUCUGGAGGUUCCUCAAAGACUGCAAAUUCCAUCACCACAAACUGACUCUUGCCGAUAUGGACAGGCUGCUCAGUGCCGACAGUGAUACCCCGAUCGAAGGCAUCCAUUCUCCGUUCACGACGAUCCUCUUGAGGACGUUUCUCAGUUACCUCCUGAAGCUGGCCUACCACAUCCAUCACAAAGAAUUCCAAAGCAGAAGCCCAUCGCUCUUCAUGUGUUUCACAAAACUGAUGACUGAGAACAUUCAUCCCAACGCCUGCCAGGUGAAAGGCAAACUGUUCAGUGAGCAGCCGCGGACACUGUACUCGAUGAAUUACAUCGACAAGUGCUGGGAGAUUUACACAGUUUACUGCAGACCAAACGCACUUCCUCCUGGAGAGCUGACCAUGAAAAUGAGACACUUCCUCUGGAUGUUGAAAGACUUUAAAAUGAUAAAUAAAGAACUGACAGCAACCAAUUUUGUGGAAGUCAUAGCAGAGGAUAAUCCUUUCAUGCACGAUGGGAUUGACAGCAACUUUGAACUUGAGCUGGUGUUCCUUGAAUUCUUUGAAGCGCUCCUGAGCUUUGCGCUCAUCUCGGUCAGGGGGCAAACGACGAAAUCAUACGUCAGCAUUCCAAACGAGGAGCUGUCUGGAAACAGAGUCGGAAGUACACAGACCAUAACAAAUCAGAGUGUUCAGAACCGAAGUCCAAACGCAACCACGAGCCACGAGUCCGACAUCCUUCACUUUGCCAGCACCAGGUCAUCGUCCAGCAAGCUGGGGCUCUUGCUUGACGUCAGCAGGGUCAGGAGGUCAGAGGCCAAGACCAAGAAGUCUGUAAGUGAAGAAAAAGUCUCCAGAAUUAGUUUGAAACCUCCAGGCAAAGGGAUCUCUUUUUUUUCAUCUCAAAACGAGAAAUAUGAAAAGCCCAAGGACGAACAGAAGGAGAAGCUAACCACGUGGGUCGGGCAUCUGUACGUCUUUUUCGUGAACACGCUCUUCCAAGCGUACAAACAUGAGGAGACACUAAAGGAGAAGAUCAAGGAGAACAGGGUACGAAACGCCGCAAUGGCUCAGCAGAAGAAGAUCGAAGACGACGAACUGGAGGCCAGGCUGAACAUCUUGAGAGAAGAAGAGGCCAAGAGACAAGACUACGAGGUGGACAUUACUGUAAUAAAAGAGCCUGGAGAUGCCCCGUCCUCAGUCUUGGCACCAAGCCCUAAAGAGGACACGGUGGCCCAGGCCAGCAAGUCCAUCACAAGUAAGAAAAAGAAAAAGUAA